GUUUAGGAAGUGAGUCAUGGGAGGCCAGUGGUCCGUUAAAAGUACGGGGAAAGAGAGCGGAUGGGAGGGGGAGCAAUCGGAUUAGCAUCGCUGGAGAGAGUCGGAGGAGGGAAAAACAGGGAGGACGCUGUAUCUUAUUCGCGGACGAAAAACGGACAACAAACCAGCAAGUGAAUCUCAAACAAAACUGAAAAUGCUUGAACAAGAUCGACCCAUGAACCCUAUCUUUGGAGGUCAUGGCCUGUCAUCUCAGCGUAUGUUUUCAAACGCCCCAAAAAGAGGUGAAAAAGAUGGCAAUUUCAACUUUGUGGGUCAAGAUAGUGACACCGUGAUCGGAGAUGAAAAUCGCAACCAGGUGCGUCCACGAGCUCUGGGUCUAUCGGGUCGUGAUUCGAUCCUGACUGCCAACCAUUUUGGGUCUGGGACCCUCUCUCCCCUAUCUCGCUUGCCUUGCUGGAGCCCUUUGGAGCCUCUUCUUGAGAUUGAAAGUGGAGAUGAUAUGGGUGGCAGAGUACCACCGGAUGGUGCAGAAGAGGGCAGAUUGGAUGAAGAGAUGAGGGUGACAGAUGAUGACAAGGAGCAGAAAUUUGUGGAGAUUGACAAAGCAGAAGAACUACUGGAUGAUGAGGAGGAUGAAGAGAUAGACUGGGCUGAAAGCGAGGAAGAGUUUGAAUUUAGCUACAGGUCAGAAAGCUCUUCCCCACUCAGCACAGGGAGCAAUGACAUAGCGGGUGGAGUGGCCCACGAUUCAAUCUGGGACCAAAGCUCCAAUGCGACCACCUUAAAGGAAAAGGACCGAUUUAGAGAUAACAAAGUAGAGCGGCACAGAGAAAGCGCGGAGGGUGCCGAUCCACUUGAAGAUGCCCCGUCAGACUCGGACACUCAUCCAGAUUCCGAGCUGCCGGAUCUUAUGGAGGCCGUUUGGACGCUGCAGGAUCGAGAAAGGUUUAAAGCACAGGAGAUGGAGAAGCAUCAGGUGCAACUGACCAUGUAUCGUCGCCUGGCUCUUAUCCGCUGGGUUCGCACCUUACAAAACCGGGUACAGGAGCAGCAGAACCGCCUACAGUCCAGCUUUGAUAUCAUUCUCACACAUAGGAAGGAGCUUUUGCGAAUGGGUGCUGCAACUGCGGCCCAGUAACUAAAACUGAGAAAAGUCAUGAGACCAACUGAUGGCACAUUUAGAAACAAAUGACUAUGCGUUGUCAUGUGAAAAGUAAUCUUAGCAUCUCAUCUGUUGCCCUGAUGUUACACAAUGUUCAAAGUUGUAUCGCUGUCAUGAAUGUGGUUAAAAGUCCUUUAGAACCUCAGUUGUAACUGUAUUGGUUACAGAUGUGUCCAAACUUAUGCCAACCUGAUAUGUUUAAAUAAUAAUAUAUAUAUGUAUUUAUUUAUCAUGCUUUACCGACAAAAUAUAUGUAAGAUAUACUACAAAUAUUAUAUAUAUGCUCCAGCACUCCCUGCAAUCCAAACAAGGAUAAGCAAUAUAUGACGAAUGGAUGGAUGGUUGAAUAAAAAAUAUGA